AAAAUUUUAUGCGUGAAACAAUAAGUCAACACUUCAGCUGGCUCGAUUUAAGCUCGUGAUGUUAUUAUUUUAUUAGUGGUUGUUAAAUAUGCACAUUAUUUGGCUUCUUCAACUGGAAAAUUCAAAAUCCCUAAUUCUACUCAAACGAAAUUCAAAAUUCACAUUAAACACCGCCGGAUUCUGCAGCGCCGCACAUUAGUUGAUCCGUCACCGGCAGCCCAGUUAAUUUGUUCCAAGCAGAAGUAUGUCGGAGGCGCUCCUCUUAUCGGUGAUACAGAAGCUGGACAUUAAUUAUCGAGAGCACGAAACAAAUGAGGAAAUGAGAAGGGUAAUCAAAGAGGUGAGAGAGAUUCUGGAUAUUGUGAGGGAUAAGAAAUUGGAAGAGGGGAGAACCCUAAAUUUUUUGGUAUCUGACCUUGUCGACGUAGCUGACUAUGCCCUCCACCUUUCCAAGAAACGCAAUACCGUUUAUAUGUACUAUGAGUCCAUCCAUAGUUGGAUUGGAGAGAUCAAAAAGCAGAUGCUUAAACUGGGAGAUGAUGGGGCGGAGAUGAGAUCAUUAGAAAAUGUUGAUGAUGAUGUAGAUGUGGUGGGCUUGGGGGAAGAUGUGGAAAUGCUUGCUUCGCACAAAGAUUAUUGGUGGGAAAGGAUACAACAGUUGGAUUGUUCUUAUCAAAGGGAUGAGUGGUAUUGGAAAGACAGCUCUUGCGAGAAAGAUAUACAACCAUCCAACCAUCAUUCAGCACUUCGAGCCUCGUGCUUGGGUAUCUAAUUCUGCUCACUUCACUAUUAAAGAGCUACUUAUCAAACUAAUACAACAGGUAGAAGAUCCUCAGAAUCUCCAUUCAUCUUCCUUAUUGGAGAAUAUGGACAACGAGAGUCUCCGAGAUAUGCUUUAUCAACACUUGAAAGGAACACGAUAUUUUGUAGUUCUCGACGACGUACCCAAACAGAUGCACUUGAAGUCUUUCUUGCAAAUUCUUCCAGAAGGAUGGAAUGGAAGUAGAUUGCUGCUCACAAGUCACAUGAUGCAUGUCGACAUAUAUGUACGCGAUGAAAAUGUUCAUCAGAUGAAACCUUUGGAUGCUGAGAAGAGCUGGCAAUUGUUUUUGAAAACAAUAAACCAUGGGAAUAGGUUGACAGGUGAGCACAAAUUCCCGAAGUCCUUGGAGCAUAUGGGAAAACAAAUGUUGAGAAAAUGUGACGGUCUGCCAUUAGCUAUAAAAGAGGUGGGAAAGCAGUUAGCAGAAAAGAAAGUCUCAGAGGGGAUUGAAUGGGAACAACUUCUUGAAUCAGUUGAUUUUGGUUCAAUGCUCAAGUUAUUGGAACCAUUUUAUCUUCAAUUGGAUCCCAAGCUGGAGUCGUGUUUCUUGUGUAUGGCCUUCUUUAAGGAAAGCACAACUUUGAGGAAAGAAAAGUUGAAACAGAUAUGGGUUGCAGGAGGAGUAGUGGAUUCAGCAUAUAAAUGUAAAUCAUAUUUAGAUGGUUUAAUCAAUGAAUCUGUUAUUGAUGUCAAGGAAAAGAGCACGGAGUAUCGAAUGAAUGCUCUGCUACACAUGCUAUCCAUCCAAAAGCAGAGGAAAAACUAGGUUUUGAGAUCCUCAGGAAUAAUGGAAAUAAUAGGCCCUCUGAGAGUCCUUGUCAACAUCGUGUUAUCAUUUGUAGCAGAGAGAAGUUCAACUACUCGACGGAUCAAGAUAAACAUCUUGUUUCUCUCAUCUUCCAUGGAGGUGGCUACUUUGACACUAGUCUGUCCUACUGGAAGAGCUUUGAACUACUUAAGAUACUUGACUUGGAAGAUUUUGGGUUGAAGAUUAUACCGGAAACUAUCGUCACAUUUAUGGAAUUAAGAUACUUGGGGUUGAGAAAUAAUUACAUGAAAGAGCUGCCACAGUCCCUGGGGUGCUUGAAAAAGCUUGAGGUUCUUGACAUAGCUCAGAACUUUAUGGUGGAGGUUCCAGAUAUUAUAUGGAAAAUAUAUAAGCUUCGCCACCUCUACAUGUCAGAUGUGAUUUGCCAAAAGCCUUUGAAGAUAGACGACCUACAGCAUCUGGAGACCUUAACUUACAUCUCAGUUGAUAAUUGGACAUAUGGUCUCUCGCGCUUAAGACUGUUAUUUCGUCUUAAGAAAUUGGGCAUAGAAGGAUUGGAUGGAAACUCAGAUGUGAGCAAGAUGAUGACAUCAUUGGCUGACUUGAAGAAGCUUAAACACCUAAUCUUAAGAGGGUAUCGUUUCAGAAGCAUGCCUUGUUUGGACGAGCUUCGUAUUCUACAAAGUGUUCGUACACUCAAAUUGGAUGGACUCCUUGCCAGGUUACCAACUAAUCUCCCUCCAAAUAUUAGAUACUUGACGUUAGUUAAUAGCUAUCUUGAUGAAGACCCCAUGCCACUACUAGCGAAGUUAAAGACACUAGAGUACCUCAAAUUGCGGAAUGCAUACGUUGGUUUAGAAAUGGUGAUUUUGGAUAAUGAAUUCCCUGGUCUCGAAGUCUUGUGUAUCGAAGAGUUGUGGAAUCUAAGAAAUGUACAAUGUGGAAAAGAUGCAAUGUAUUGGCUCAAGAAAUUAGAAAUCCAGGAUUGUCCAUAUCUGGAUACCCUCCCGAAAGCGAUUGGGUUGAUGAACCAUCUGAAGGAGUUAAAGAUGGUGACAACCAAAAGCAUUGCAACAAAGAUGAGGAAUUCAGACUUGAUCUCCGAUAUAAGUAUUGUGAAUAUCAAUUCUUAAAUACAGUUAUCUGCAUUAUUGAUACAUUUUGCUUGUUGGCAUUAAUUUGAAUAUUCUCUAGUUUUUCUUCCUAUUUUUUCCCCUCUGUUCUUGUGUUUGUAAAUGACAUUUAGCUGCGACAAUUAUGGUCAGCGUUUGAAUCAUUGUUUCAUUCUCA